AAAACAAACGGGAGGCAAGUCCAGUUAUUUUUUAUUCCCGUUGAUGCGCAUCAGUUGUCCUACCUCGCCGUGCCACAUCGACGCCGCCGCUGUCCCUAGGCCGCUCCCUGCCUCGACGAGCAAAUGGCCCGCCGCCUUCUCCGUCGUAGCCUCAGCCACUCCUCCGCCGAGGACAUGGUCGUCUCCUCCAUCCGCCUCCUCUCCGCCCGUAACCCCAACGAAUCUGCUCCCCUUCCCAUUCCCCUCCAGCCCGUUAAACCCAAUCCUUGUCCAGGAGCCGCUCCUCCUACCACCCUCCUCCCGUCCCUCGCGGACCGCCUCCGCGUGGUCUUCCUCCACAAGCCCCCCGGUCGCGCAGCCCUCCACCGAGCUCUCUCCUCCACGGGCCUCGACGCCGCCCUCGCCCUCCACCCGGAGGCUCUCUCCAAUGUCGUCAACGCCGGCAACUUGAGCGGUGCUGCCACUGUCGACCUCUUUGACUGGGCCAUCUCCAACGCUAAGCUUCCCCCUUCCCUCCAUACCUGCAACACUGUCAUCAGGGCUUUGGGCAGGAGGAAAUUCUUCGCCUCCAUUGAGGAUGCCCUGGAGAUCAUGCGGAAAAAUGGCAUCUUUCCGGACCCAACCACACUGGAGAUCAUCAUCGAUAGUCUAGUUGCGUCCAGGCAGAUCAACAGGGCCGUCCAACUGCUCAAGAGCGACCAAUUUGGAUUUGGAUUUUGCCAAACUUGCCACAGAAAGGUGGCCUUCUCUGCCCUCAUCAACUGCCUCUGCCAGAGGUCACAUGUUGGCGUCGCCAGCUCGCUCUUGCAGGCCGCUCGUGGAGAUCAUUUGGAUCUUGAUAAACAUGUGUACAAUGACGUGAUUGGUGGUUGGGCGAGGUUUGGGAGGGUUGAUAAGCUGGAGCAUUUCUGGGCAAUGAUGCUAGAGGAUGGGCUAGCGCCAGAUGAGGUUUCACAUUGCCAUCUCAUUGAGGCAUUGGGGAGAGCAGGGCAGCCUGAGGAGGGACUCAAGGUGUUCGAGAAGAUGGUGCAUGAGGGAUAUGGUCCAACUACGACGGCCUACAAUGCACUCAUUUUCAAUUUUAUCUCAUCGGGGGAUUUGGAUAGAUGCAUCAAGUAUUACAAGGAUAUGGUGGACAAGAAUUGUCCUCCAAACAGUGCCACAUACUGCAAGAUGAUUAGAGCCCUUUUGAGAGCACGCAGGGUGGCUGAUGCACUGCAAAUGUUUGGUGAUAUGUUUACUCGAGGAGUUCUGCCAAAUACUGGGGAUAUUACGUUAUUCAUCGAGCCACUUUGUACAUAUGGCCCUCCUCAUGCUGCUUUGAUGAUCUACAGAAAGAGUAGGAAGGCUGGAUGUACAAUAUCCUUGAAAGCAUAUAAGCUUUUGCUUGCAAGGCUUGCCAGGUUUGGGAAAAGUGGGAUAGUAUUGAAGAUUUGGGAGGAGAUGCAAGAGAGUGGACAUCCAUCGGAUAAGGAAAUUUAUGAGUUCAUUGUAAAUGGGCUUUGCAAUGUGGGUAAGCUUGAUGCUGCUGUUUCCGUGGUAGAGGAAUCACUUAUGAAAGGCAUCUGUCUAGGCAGAGUUGUUUAUAGCAAACUGAAUAACAGGCUGUUGGAGAUGGACAAAGUAGAGACUGCAUACAAUUUGUCAAAGAAAAUCAAAGUUGGACGCACACUUGCCAACUCACGCAACUAUUGUCGUGCUAAUGGUUGGCAUUUGUGAACACACCUAAUUGCUGAUUCUAAUAGUAUAUGAUGAGGUUUUAAUGGUAAGCAAUGUGGUACGGCAGGUACUUCACAUUUGAUUCUUGAUAUGCCUUGGCUUGCAUUCUUCACCACAUAUGCCCUUUUGAUGCUGUCCUGGGCUGAAAUUUAUUAUAAGGCGCGUUCAAUGUCGACUGAUGGGCUCAGGCCAACUUUCUAUUGGAUCAAUGGGGUGGCUUAUGCAAUUCAGGACAUGCUGUGUAAAAUUUCCCCUACAUGAUAUUUAGAAUUAAGUUAAUGAGCUGAUGCGUGAAACUUUUCACUUAUAACUGAUUGGGAAAAUGCAUGAUUUAAAAAAAAUCAUGUUAUGCUUGCGUGCAUACCUGGAAAUUUAUUGGGAUUAUGACUUAAUACAUCAUAGCUUAUAGCU